AUGGCAACUGGAGUAGCAGCAUGGCUCCCUUUUGCCAGGGCAGCAGCCAUUGGCUGGAUGCCUGUUGCCAACUGCCCCAUGCCUGUUGCUCCCAUGGACAACAGAAAGAGACAGGAUGAGCUGAUCAUUCUCAAUGUCAGCGGCCGCCGUUUUCAGACCUGGAGAACGACCCUGGAUCGCUACCCAGACACCCUGCUGGGCAGCUCGGAGAAAGAAUUCUUUUACGACGAAGAAAUCAAGGAGUACUUCUUUGACCGGGACCCUGACGCCUUCAGAAGCAUCCUCAACUUCUACCGGACAGGAAAGCUCCACUACCCCCGUCAGGAGUGCAUCUCAGCCUACGACGAGGAGCUCAUCUUCUUCGGCAUCAUCCCCGAGAUCAUCGGCGACUGCUGCUACGAAGAGUACAAGGACAGGAAGAGGGAGAAUAUAGAGCGGCUGCAGGAUGAUCAAGAUGAGAACAAGGACCAGAAGCUGCCACACAUGAGCGUCAGGGAGACCAUGUGGCGAGCCUUUGAGAACCCACACACCUCCACCAUGGCCCUGGUCUUCUACUAUGUCACUGGGUUUUUCAUCGCCAUCUCAGUCCUCACUAAUGUGGUGGAGACGGUGCCCUGUGGAACCACUCCCAACCAGAAAGACAUGCCAUGUGGUGAGCGCUACACCGUGGCGUUCUUUUGCAUGGACACCGCCUGCGUUAUGAUAUUCACAGUGGAGUACCUGAUGCGCUUGUUUGCCGCGCCUAGCCGUUACCACUUCAUGCGCUCUGUGAUGAGCAUCAUCGACGUGGUGGCCAUCUUGCCGUACUACAUCGGCCUGGUGAUGGCGGACAACGAGGAUGUGAGCGGCGCCUUCGUGACACUGCGCGUGUUUCGGGUGUUUCGUAUCUUCAAGUUCUCCCGUCACUCGCAGGGCCUUCGGAUCCUGGGUUAUACACUGAAGAGCUGCGCUUCAGAGCUGGGCUUCCUCCUCUUCUCCCUCACCAUGGCCAUCAUCAUCUUCGCCACGGUCAUGUUCUACGCUGAGAAGGGCUCCAGCUCCACCAAGUUCACCAGCAUCCCAGCUUCUUUCUGGUACACCAUUGUCACCAUGACAACGCUGGGUUACGGGGACAUGGUGCCAAAAACCAUAGCCGGGAAGAUCUUCGGCUCCAUCUGCUCCCUGAGCGGCGUGCUGGUGAUCGCUCUGCCCGUCCCCGUCAUCGUCUCCAACUUCAGCCGCAUCUACCACCAGAACCAGAGAGCGGACAAACGCCGAGCUCAGAAGAAAGCCAGGCUGGCCAGGAUAAGAAUAGCCAAGUCCAGCAGCGCCAACGCCUUCAUCCAGAGCAAACGCAACGGGCUGAUCAACGAGCUGCUGGAGCUGACGGGUACAGACGAAGAUGAGCAGAAGCUGGCUAAGUCCAUGUCUCUGUUAGAGAGCCAACACCACCACCUGCUGCACUGUCUGGAGAAAACCACCGCUCAUGCGUUUGUGGACGAGCUGAUCUACGAGCAGAACUGUUUGGACACGUCACUGCAGACGUACCCCUCACCCAGCCCCUCCACCUCCACCUCCAGCCACGACAGCUCGGCCGGCACCUGCUGUGGCCGCCGGGCAAAGAGAAGCACUGCUCUGCCCAACGCCAGCACGCCCAUGACACGCCACGGCCCCCUGCAGGAGCUCAGCGCCAUCCACAUGCAGUGCAGUGACGCUCCAUCGCACCCGGCCAGUCGUUCGACCCUCAACCAGAAAACCAGCGACAGAGGCCGGAUCAACUGCAAAAGCGGCCGGAUCACCACGGCGAUCAUCAGCCUCCCGACACCGCCGGCUCUGAGCCCUGACGGAGACGGACUCCACGGGCACAGGAGGCCACCACCUGGUCACCCUGCGGCCCCGGGCAUCCAGACCAUCCAGACCACAACGAGCUCAGCUGGCUGCCACAUCGUGAAAGUCUCUGCUCUGUGA